AGGAUAGAAAAACCUUUGGGAUGUGGAGCAGAAUAGAGAGAGAAUGCCAUGUUUUGCUUCAACGGAGGAACUCCAAAGCCACUCUUCUCCGUAUUCACGCCAUAAUGCUUCGAAACGCCAUUGAAAAUAACGUCAGUCUAUUCACCAUGCUCAUUUCAAGCUUCUCCGUCAGCGACCCAGUUGCUGGAAUCAGCCAUGCACGCCGCAUGUUCGACAAAAGUCUCCAAAAGGACAAGACUUUCCUCUGUAACGCCAUGAUAAAAUCCCACAUGGGUGUUGGUCAAUUCGCCGACUCAACAUUUCUGUACAGAGAUUUAUUAAGACAUACAAGUUUUAAACCCGAUAAUUACACGCUUUCGAGCCUUUCCAAGUGUUGUGGCGCAAGAUUCGUGUUGUGGGAAGGCAUGGAAAUUCAUAAUCAUGUGUUGAAAUGUGGGUUUGCUUCGAAUUUGUUUGUGGCCACUUCGUUGGUUGAUAUGUAUGGGAAGUUUGGUGAAAUGGCUUUUGCCAGGAAGUUGUUUGAUGAAAUGCCCCAAAGAAGUCCAGUCUCGUGGACAGCUUUAAUUGGAGGUUAUUUGAAGUGCAGAUGUAUGGGUAUUGCUGAAGGACUUUUUGAUGCAAUGCCUGAGAAAGAUGUUGCUGCGUUCAAUGUGAUGAUUGAUGCUUACGUGAAGAAAGGAGAUAUGCUGUCAGCAAAUAGAUUGUUUUGGGCAAUGCCGGAGAGAAAUGUGAUUUCUUGGACUAGUAUGAUUGGUGGGCACUGCAGUAAUGGUAAUGUAAGUGAAGCCAGGGCGUUAUUUGAUGUAAUGCCGCAAAGGAAUUUGUUCUCUUGGAACGCAAUGAUUGGUGGAUACUGUCAAAACAAACAGCCACAAGAGGCUUUGAAAUUGUUUCAUGAGCUGCAGAUGGGGACGACAUUGGAGCCGGAUGGUGUUACUGUUGUCAGUGUACUUCCCGCUAUUGCUGAUUUGGGUGCUUUAGAUUUGGGCAACUGGAUUCACCAGUAUGUGAAGAGGAAGAAAUUAGAUAGAUCUUCAAAUGUUUGCACUGCUUUGGUUGAUAUGUAUGCCAAGUGUGGGGAAAUUGCAAAAGCCAGGGAAUUUUUCGAUGAGAUAAAAGUAAAAGAGUCAUCAAGUUGGAAUGCUUUAAUUAAUGGGCUGGCGAUCAAUGGAUCUGCUAAAGAAGCACUGGAGGUCUUUGAGAAGAUGAAGAGUAAAGGAUACGAGCCAAAUGAGAUUACUAUGCUUGGUGUUUUGUCAGCUUGCAACCAUGGUGGAUUGGUGGAGGAAGGCAAGAAAUGGUUUGUAGAAAUGGAGAAGUAUGGGCUCACUCCACAAAUUGAGCACUAUGGUUGUCUGGUUGAUCUCUUGGGGAGGUCAGGGUGUUUGGAGGAAGCUGAAAACUUGAUUAAGACCAUGCCUUAUGAAGCCAAUGGAAUAAUAUUGAGUUCCUUUCUAUUUGCAUGUGGUUAUGCCAAAGAUGUUACAAGGGCUGAGAAGGUCAAGAAAAAAGCAAUUGAGAUGGAACCGUGGAAUGAUGGGAUCUAUAUUAUGUUAAGGAACAUGUAUGCCACUGAUAAGAGGUGGAGUGAUGUUGAAGACAUUAAGGGGCGGAUGCGGAGAGAAGGGGCAAAAAAGGAGGCAGGUUGCAGUACCAUUGAAGUUAAUGGUAUGGUUUGUGAAUUUAUUGCUGGGGAUAAAAUACAUGCACAGCGUGAAGAAAUACAUCUUCUAUUGGAGCAUUUGCUGUUGUACAUGCGAGGUUUGGAUACACCUUAUAGUAAUAAUAUUGGAUUGGCUGAAUUAUGA